AUGUGUUACCUGGUGGUGUCUGGCUUGGCGAUCUCUGUCGCUGGCUACGUGAUCGCGCACCUACAAAGGUACCGAGACAAUGACGACGGCAGCAUUUACAUAACGGCCUUCCUUGUGUCCCUCGUGCCGAGCUUAUUCUUGCACCCGUGCUACUGGUUCGAGGUGAAGAAGGUAGUCGCGCUUUUGAAGAGCUGGGUGGAAUUUCAGGAGAUGUUUUUGAGAACCACAGGGACACAACUGAAACUCAGCCUGUGGCGCCUGUCAAUGUUCUUAACAAUGGCGGUGCCGGUAGUCACUUUCCUGGUAGUUAUGGCAGAGCUGUUUGUAUUCAAUUUAGUGCAGACAAGUCUGGCUGUGGCGUACACUCUCACAAUCAGCAUGCUGGUCUACCACGGCACGGUGUGGCUGCUGCAGUGCAUUGCCAUCUGUCGAUCGUCACAGCUAAUAAAGGAUUGUCUGAAGUUGACGCUGCGCCGGAAGAGGGGCGCGGUGAGUCUGCGCGCGCUGGAGGCGCUGUGGUUGCGCCUGUCGCGGCUCUGCACGGCCACGGCGCAGGCACUCUCCGCCGCGCACCUCGUCGCCACCAUCACCUUCUCCAUCGUCUUCCUCAUGGACGCCUACGGCUUCAUCAUCAUGUUCGAUAAGCCUGACAUGGGCCUCCUCAUGGGCGGACUCGGCGGCUACGGUGUGUGCACCGUCACCUACUUGGCCAUGGUCUACAAUGCCGGCUACACUGUGAUUGCAACGGUACGUUCAGCUUAA